GCGAUUAGAAAAACCGAACAAGUCGAACAAGCCUAUGGAUUUAUAAAACGUUCCCGCCCACCAAGUUACGUCUAAAAGGAUGUAGCUCCGCAUAGGGAAGUGAGCAGCUCGCGCAGAACUUGUCACGUCAACUGCUUCCUUAUAGCAAUGGCGUCUGUCACUAGCGAGGUGAUGGUAUCGUCAAGAAUAAAAGGAGUAUUUCUUGUCGCCAUUCUUCAUUUCGUAUUUAUUCAACCGCUGACUGCUAUGUCUGAGCAGGGAAAAUGGAUCCUGAACGUGGACAGCGAUCUUACAAAGAAGCAAAAUCACUUCUUUUUUCCUAAGACAAUGUACAAUGACACUAUCAUUGAACUGAAAUGGCUUGGUGAAACAUGCAGCACACCUGUAAAGCUCAACAUAGCGUGGUAUUUGCGAAGUUCCCCUUGCCAUGAUGAAGUGUUUGGACUUGAUCUUGAAAUGGUAAAACAGUAUUUUGACAAUACACAAGUGCUGCGAGAAGGAGGCAAUGGCUACUACAUAACCCACACAUAUCCUUCCCUAGAGUGCCAGCAACACCUUUCUGGAAAUGUGCUUGGAGUAAAGGAGCUUGAUGAGAAAAAAAUGCUGGCUCCACUAGAGUCCCAGCCAACCACGGAUGCACAAGGCAAACAAAAGAGAGAGGUGGAUAAGAAAGAAGAAAAAAAAGAACAGGACAAAGCUGCUGUAACCAAAGUACAGAGCGCUGCAAAAAGCAAUCCAUCUUCAUCAUUAGAUAGUCGGAAGCUCACAGACAGCACAGUGGCACAGACCUGGGAGGACAGUCCCUAUAUGUUCAUUAUAAAAAUUGAAGAAACUCCACCUGCCACAGAAACUAAAUGGAGCAUACAGCUGGAGGUCAGGAUGCAAGGCCCCUAUGAAUACAUCUCAGCAUCGGAAUGGCCAUUGAUGAUUUUUUACAUGGUGAUGUGCAUCAUCUAUGUGAUUAUGGGCGUGAUGUGGUUGGCUCUCUCGGCUUGUUACUGGAGAGACCUGCUGCGGAUUCAGUUCUGGAUUGGAGGAGUUAUCUUCCUGGGCAUGCUGGAAAAGGCUGUCUACUAUGCAGAGUUCCAGAGUAUCCGAUAUGAUGGUCUCUCAGUUCACGGCGCUGUGGUUUUUGCCGAGGUGCUUUCAGCUGUGAAAAGAACCCUGGCACGAGUACUUGUCAUCAUCGCUAGUCUUGGAUACGGAAUAGUCAAACCAAGACUAGGAGCAUUGCUGCACAGGGUGGUGGGAGUAGGACUGCUCUAUCUUAUCUUUUCCAUUAUAGAGGGUGUCCUUAGAGUAAACACGGCUGAAGAUGACCUGGUGUUGCUGGCUGCAAUCCCUUUGGCUGUUCUCGACUCUACCCUCUGCUGGUGGAUCUUCAUAAGCUUGGCCCAGACGAUGAAGCUUCUUCGGCUGAGAAGAAACGUGGUCAAGCUUUCCCUUUAUCGACACUUCACUAACACGCUCAUAUUCGCUGUCAUUGCUUCUGUUAUUUUCAUUGUUUGGACGACAAAGACCUUUAAGAUGGCCAAGUGCCAAUCUGACUGGAGAGAGCUGUGGAUAGAUGAUGCCUUCUGGCGUUUUCUCUUCUCCAGUAUCCUGCUUGUCAUCAUGUUCUUGUGGAGACCAUCAGCCAAUAACCAGAGAUACGCCUUCAGCCCACUGGUGGAUGAGAUAAGUGAAGAAGAGGAGGGAGAACAACUUAUGAAUGAAGCCUUCGAGGGUGUGAAAAUGAGAGGAAUGAAACCAGAGACCAACGGAAAUGUGAAGCCCAAUAAAGUGGAUGAAGAUCUCAAAUGGGUUGAGGAGAACAUUCCCUCUUCAAUGGCUGAUGUUGCGCUGCCGCCUCUGCUAGACUCAGACGAGGAGAUCAUGACUACAAAAUUUGAGAUGUCCAAAAUGGAGUAGGUCUGUGAAGAUGUAUGUAUUGUACAUAAUGUUUAUGUCAAUGCACAACUGCUUUAUCCCAAAUGAAUGAGGUUUUUAUAAGCAGUGCCUGUAAAUAUGUGGGGCGAUGAGGGUAAUGCACUAAAGGACUUGUUUUAUUUUUAAUUGCCUGUUUGUAUUUAUAUUUUCAGAAGAUACGGUGUAAAAGUUUCUUAAACAUUUCUGUAAAUUGCCUUUGUUGUAUACAUAUCUAAAGUACAAAAUGUGAUUUAAACACAUUGUUUUGUGCAUUGUGCUCUUUCAGAAAGAGGCUUUCGCACGGCGAUCCUCUUAUUAAUCACAUAAAGAUGGGAAAACGCGUAAGAUAAA